ACACUUCUCAACACCUCUUGUUAUUUGCUCUCGUUUCUUUUCCCCUUAAAAACCCUUCCUCCUGUUCUUCGCUUGUAACGCCAACAGACACAAUAAAACCGGACCUUUCUCUGAAGAACAAUUCAACUACCUUUUUUUUUUUUUUUUCUUACACCCAGAUCUCUCCUACAAUCUCCCGAGAACAAGAAAAAUGGCUACAUCUGAGGUCGAGGUUGAGGGGCGUGAUCAGAAAUUGAAGCACCUCGGAUUUAUGAGGAUUCUGGCCAUCAACGCCGUCGUUUUGGUUUCCGAUCUCUACGGCUACGCCAAGCAAAACUCCGGUGCACUCAAAUCCAGCAUCGGAAAAGUUGAGAACGCCGUUACUGCUGUUGUUGCCCCUGUCUACGAGAAAUUCAAAGGCGUUCCCAAUGAGAUCCUUAUUUUUCUCGACACCAAGGUGGAUGAGGCAACCGUCAAAUUCGAUGAAUGUGCACCACCAGCAGCCAAGAAUGCUGUGGUUAAGGCCCAAUCCUUUGUCAAGAGAGCAACACAGGUAGCUCAUGACUUAGCAGAAGAAGCUAAAGUUGAUGGUCCCAUCGCUGCCGUUUCUCAUGCAGGUGCAAUCUCAAAGGAGUUUGCACUGAGUCAAAUCGUUUUUGUGUGGUAUAAAGCUAAUCAGUACCCAACUUUGCAUGGUGUUUUCGAGAUUGCUGUUCCCACCGCUACACACUGGUCGGAGAAAUACAAUAAAAUUGUAAAGGAUUAUGCUACAAAAGGUUAUAGUUUCUUUAACUACGUUCCAUUAGUUCCUGUUGAAGAAAUGAGCAAGGCGUAUAAGCAGGUGGAGGCUGCUGCUCAUAAGAAGACAGAUACAGGCAGCUCGAGCGAGAGUGAAUCGGGCAAGGAUUAGGUAGAGGUUUUUAUGUUUUCUAGCAUUUGGUUUUUCAUGGAUAUUUGUUGUGCUGAGGCGAGCAAGGCCUCUUUUCAAUUGGUGUGGGUUUGAAGCUUUAUGUAAAUGAAUUUAGAAAACUGGUUUUAUGUGAUGUAUGCAAUUACCGUGCUUUAUGUACAUGCUGUGGUGGUUCGUGAUUAACAAUUGAAGUUCAAUUUAGCAUUUUUGACCAUGUUGGAAUGUAGUGGAUUGACGUAAUGAGUUCAAAUUUUAUA